AUGAGAUUUACGACGAAAGUAUCAUCCCAAGAAACGGCGUCAAUCUCUAAAUCAAGCGCCUCAGAAGAAAAGUUUACAUUUAAGGUGAAGAAAUCAGAAGUCACGAACACAGAAGAAGAAGGGGCUUCAGGAGGAAAGCCCGUUAAAAAAUCCAGUUCUCUUAACGUCAACCGUGAAGCAAUAGAAGAUUUCGCAGCUGUCCGCGAAAGAAUCUACCCAGUACUUAAAGCGAGGUCUUGGGUUGACGUGACCAAGGAUUUGUUGGCGAAAAUAGACCCCAAGAGCAAAGCGGGAGUCAUAUAUUCGCCCCUGAAGAACGUGCCUGGAUCAGGCAUUGGCUACACGCUCGCUAUCAUCGGAGAGGAGCCUGAUUCGCUUAGCUAUAUCCUGACCAGCCACUUAGAUGCUUGGAGCACUUCAGAGACCGUUCUUGAGGAAGUGGCUUUGAGAAAUCUGGAGAAGAAAUUCGAGGAUCUAGGGACAAAUCUUUGGGUGCAGAGCAAGACUGGCAUUUACUACAUAAACACUUGUCUAGGCUCUCUCUCUGCAUCUGUUGUGUUGCUACCCCGGUUUAUCGAGCCGUUGGACGUAGGGAGCGGAGACGCUGUUGUAGUGAUCCCGUCCAGUGGCCUCUGCAUGGUGGUCGGUUCAAAAGAUGAAACGCGACUCUGUAUCGUCGGAGAAAUGUCCCUUUGUUAUUCAUGCGAUCCGCACCACUUGAACACGAACCUUCGUCUGAACAAGGCAAGAAUGGUGAUGGCAAAGUACUCUCCGAAAUCUUUCGCUGGCGAAUAUCCCGUUCCUUCGACGAUGGAAGAAGUGGCUGGGCUUAAAUUGAGGGUACAACCUAUCAAAAAAAAGAAAUAAUUUCCUAUGACAGACGAGAAAUUAUUAUAUUUCAAUUUCCUUAAUUAUGUCAAUGAAAAAGUACACAGUAUUGAAUGAACAAAUGCCAAACAAAGAGCUCCAGAAAAUGACAUUUUAAUGCCAAACGGUCACGCAUCAUCUUUUGAGGCAUGGAAUAGUGUAACUUACUGUUCUAGAGGAUAAAUUUUGUGUAGUUUGAUGAAGAACAAACAAAACCAGACUUUUUAGUGAAGAGGAAGUUUUAAAAGUUCUUUGUAAAGAGUUUUAUAAUAAGUUAAACAGUUUACAAGGUCCCCUGUUGGACCUGUUGUAUUAUAAUAACCUGCUGAGCUAAAGGAGACAGGGCAGAAUUAAAAAAGAAUUUAAAUUGUCAUUUGUGUGUAUUUAAUAAUCAAUCAUUUGGCGUCCAAUAAGAAUGGAGAAGUUACCAUCAAGAUUGCUUGCAUUCCGCCUUUUCGCUUAAAACAUUCGUCGAGUUCAGUGUAUCCCAGCCAGCGCGUUUUGCAAAAGAGACCUUUACACGAGAUCCAACGACGCGACGGCAUCGAGAACGUCGCUUAAAAAGUGAAUUUGCGUUCUUUCAGUCUUUAUAGCGGUUUUGCCAAAUGUAGGCGGACCCUCCUGAAGCUGAAUUUCAAGCGACCAUAUCUAAGCUCAAAAAGAGGAAUAGAAUUUCGUCGUUGCUUCUUUACGUCCUCCAUAAAACGCGAAAUUAA